AUGCGCAUGCUACGUGUGACAUUCCUGUGGGCAUUUCUGCUCGCCCUCGCUUUUUCCCUCGUUGUAUACGCUGCAAAUGAGGAAGAGAAGAAACCGGAGCCCUCGUCCGCCACGACUGCUCGAGAUGACGACCCCGUUAUCCAAAAAGUCCGAGGUUUACGGAAUUCUGGAAUGAAGCUCAACGAUGCGAAGAAUUUCAAGAAAUCUAUUGAAAAGCUACGUGGAGCUAUCACUCUGUUGCACAAACGAGUGUUCGGUGAAGAUCGUCACGCCAUUACGGACCCUGAGAUCCUUUCUCAAGAUGCAUCUCUGUAUGCUCAGAUUCUGAAUGACUACGGGUCGGUCCUAAUUCGAGCGAAACAAUACGACGAAGCUAUUGUGGUGCUAGAAGAUUCAAUCGCUAUGGUGGAGAAGAUCUACGGAGACAGUCACCCCUCUCUUGGGCUAUCAUUACGCAACUUGGCUGAUGCGCAUAUGGCCAAGAAGCAGUACAGUAAAGCUAUUGGCAAGUAUAAAACUCUCCGAAAACAUAUUAAAGAGGGACUUGGAGUGACUCACGAAGCGUACAUUGAAACGUCGUUGAAAAUCGCGGAAGGAUACAAGAAAUUGGGCAAGAAGAAGCAAACUUUGAAGGUGCUCAAGGACGCCGUGGAGAUUCAAGGGGACAAGAUCAAUGGGCUUACGACAGGGAUGGCAGAACUCUAUAUGGAACUUUCGACGGCACAUUUGACUAUUAAAGAGAUUGAUGAGGCGCGUAAAGCAGGCGAAAUGGCGAGUGCUAUCUUCUUGCAGCGUGAUGGCGAAGAAACGUUGACGUACGCGUUUAGUUUGAACGCUUUGGCUGGUGUCAAGAUGCGCCAGAAGAAGGUGGACGACGCGAUAAAGUUGCUGGAGCAUGCGCACAGGAUUGCAGUCAAGAUAUACGGCGAAGAUGACGCGAUUACCAAAGCUAGUGCGAAAACGCUGAAUGACGUGAUGGAGUACAAGCAGAACUUGGAAGCGGAGAAGGAUGAGCUUUAG